GAUGGAUUCAUUGUGCUCAGAAAUGGAAUCGGAAUUCACGUGUAUAAAUUGGAUGAUCGGAUUCGAUUGAACCGAUUGGCAUCAGAUGGACGAAAAUUGGAAUAUUCAGUCGGAAUUCAAAGGGGAAAAUCAGUUUCGAAGCUGUAAUCAAAGAGGAAGCUCUGAAGUUGUCAGCGCUUUCAAUUUGGUCAAUGGAGUCACAACCUCAAUUGCCAUCUUAUUGGCAACUUGCGGAAACUAGAAUUACCUUAGCAUAUGUGGACAACAGUAAUCAACAAGCGUUUAUUGUGCGGCAUCAGAAUGAACUCAAAAUCUUUAAAUUUGGAAAGGCUCACACUAUGGAAACAGUGCUCACGACAAAAGUUACGCCACACUCGGCGCUUGGACAUGAUCACGUACUUUUCCAGCGAACUCCUUCGAAAAUGUACGACAUUUUGCACUUCAGCAGUACUGGACUAACAAAAUUUAGAUACGGUGGACCAAGAGCUGGUUACGUUCCCGCGGCUUAUUUAACGAAAUUUUCAGCUAGCGAAGGAUGGACAGUGGACCACAGCAGUUCUCUAGUCAUGCAUGAUUUUGAUCGCGAUGGAUUUGAUGAGUUAGUGUUCAUUGGACCUUCAGGACUUAAUGCAGUUUCCGUUGGCUCAGACGCCCGUUCCAUUGAACAUGUUCUAAAUAGCCAGGAGUUUAGUGUUGAUAAUAGACAUUUUAAGGCUUUUGCAAUCAUGGAUAUUCACGAAGAUUUACAUUUUAUAUCAGUCACGGAUAGUGCGAUAAUACGAUUUGGAAUUCAAUUAGUAAGUAACGAUCCCGUUAAAAAUACGGAUGUUUCUGAAGAUGAGAAUUACGUGGAAGAUGCGGUGGAUGCAAUUUCUUUACUACCAUCAGCAACCGGUUUUCUAGCUACUCUUCCCCUGGGCGACCAACUUGAUGUUUCGUCCAUUUUAUAUCCCAGAAAUCCACUAUUGGGAACGCUUGAUUUUUCGAUCCCAAUUAUAAAGUUUCAAAACCUUCCGGGCAUUCCAAUUGCUCAGUCGAUUCAGUUCAAAGAAUACCGAUCUGCGGAUGUUUUGGGAUCCGGGUGGCAUUUGCCGGUCGACUGUAUUUGGAUUGAUCGUAGAGGAAGUGUGUUUUCCAUUGAUCAUAACUAUUAUCUUAUCAAAGAUGGAAGUUUAUCGGAUUUAAAACCUAUGCUGCGAAGUGAAUCGCCGGAUUACGUUUCGUUUACAUUGGAAGGCUCUGAGGAUGUCGGUAUAAAGUUUUUCAAACUUUUGAACAAAUGGGAAAUUACAACGAAAUACGAAACACUUACUUACGGUUCUCUCAACAAUGUGGAUUGGGUUCAAUGGGAACCAGGCUCCGACGAUUGGCCACUCACCGCGGGGACGGUUUCUGUUGAAAAAAUUAAACCAUCCAUUUGGUUUCUGUCUAUGCGGAAGGAUCACAGUGGUAAUUUUUUGAAAUACGUUUAUGAACCAGAGUAUGGUUCCCUAGCAUCUGGACAGCACUACGUGCAGAAACUGAAUUUGUUAAAAAUUUCAAAUAAUCACGGUGAUUUCGUGCGUUUUACUUACAGUAAACUGUACAAUACGAAACUGAUGACCAGAUCUCUCGGGAAAACUGCGAAUCUGAUUCAAGAUGUUGAAUUUAAAUAUAAACUGAUUCAGUCUACUCCACGUUUAGUUUCCGUAAACCAACUUGGUAGUGCCGUAUUACGCUUCAAUUAUGAGGGUGCCCAUGGAGAGUUAACCGAAAUUCACUACCCAAAUGGACUUGUGUCCAAAUUUUCUUACAGUCAGUUUGCUUUUCCUGUUGCAUUGGCUUCCAAUAGAUUCAGCUUCUUUUCGAAUGCACUGAUUACAUAUGGACCUAGUUACACAAUCAUCAGUGGGAAAACCGAAUUAGGACAAGUUCGUAUAAUGGCUAGAGAUACUGUUGGUUCGAAGACAACUGAAAUGUCGCAAUUAUCUUUUCCUUAUUUGGGAAAAGAAGCAGUUGUAGGUUAUGAAGUUCAUACGACUGACCAUUUCUUUUUCGUGUUGCUAACGCAUGAAAACCACAAAGAACUAUGUUUGUUCAGAAGACUUUCCCAAGGAUGGUCAUCAGAUUCUACUUACAUGAAGCUAUCGAAGGGGACUAUUCUGAUGGUUGGAAAAGCGUUUGUUUUAAUCAGAGAUAAUGCGAGGUUAGCUGUCUUACAGUUAAAUGAAAAUCGUUGGGAUAUUAAACCUGUUCUAAAUAAUCUAGAUGACAGUACUCUAGUUAAAGCAUUCUCAUAUGCUUACGUUGUUUAUAAUGAUUCGGAACUACGAAUUGGUUUUCAGAACAUUGACGGUACCUGGAUCAGUAAAAUUUUGCCAAUAAAAGCCGAUAUAGUUAGGUCUAGUCUGUCGAUUCUAAACAGGUUCGAUACAGACAAGGACACGUUAAAAAAUCUGGAAAAGUUGUUUACGGGUGCGGUUUUACAAAUACACCACAAUGCUAUCGUUGUCAGAACGUUAACAAUGCAGGGAAAACAAUUGUACUCGAACUUACAUUUGUAUGUUAUUAAUGAAAAAUAUGACCUUAUAAAUCAGGAAACAAUAACUGUUUUAGUCGAAGAUUUGGAUAGUUACUUACUGGAACUUCCUCCUGUUCAAAAUAACUUCUUUAAAGUUGGCUAUAAAGAAGUCAACGGUAAAUUCAAAGUGGUCGUUAAAAGUCACACUGGUUCAAUUAUGGACGAAAUUGAUAAAAUAAAACUUAAGGUGGAAGAGGAAAUCAGGCAGCAUCCGGGUGUCUCAACUGAAGAAGUGGAAAAAUAUCGUCGUGAAACUCGUGUCAAAUUGGAGGGCGAACUGCAGCAAAUCUACCGGAAUGUGACAGCCGGAAUUCCGUUUGCGAUUGAUCCGUCCAAAUUUUCCGUUUUCGUUAACAGUGAUCAUAUUGUGGCUGUUUCUACGAAAGUAAAAUUUAACGGUGUGCGUUGGAGUCAGGAAACAAUUCCUCACGCGGAGUUAAGUCUCGCAAAUUUUACACUGAAACUUGAUGAUUCAAUGACUUUAUCUAAAUCCGGGAAAAAUGAGACGUAUAAGCUCUUCAAACUAGAUAAGUUGAUGUGGGAUUUAGGUACGAUCCAGGGCGACGAUAUUCAUCUGUCAUACCCUACUUUUAUUGGAGUUCAAAAACCGAAGGCAGAAAGUAAGUUGCUUACUUUUGAAAAUGGCAAAAUUCAGACUUUGCCAAAAGGUGAAGUUCUCAACAAAAUCAGCAACUCACUGGUUAUUGUGAGUACGACAGAGGACAGCAAAUCCGUAAUAAUGAGAUCGGUAAAAGCACUUGUGGAUUCCUAUCAAGCUGUAAUUACAAAACAGGAAUUGUUUUACGACGAACAUACCGUAAAAACAACUGAAUUUGUUUACGAUCCGAAACAUGCCCGGCUAUAUUCGGAUGGUUUGAUGUUCGUUAAAUCUAAAAUCGUUCCUGGUGGCGAAUCAAGUUUAGGUUGGUAUGAAGAAGAUUUCAAUUUGGGUCUCAUGAGCAACAGCACUAGGACGGUGUACAACUCACAGGGGAUCGCUGUCAAAACGGUGGCCGAUUCCACGAAAGUAGAAAGCGAAAAAUUCGACGAUGAAGACACAAGUUUACGGGAUUCCACGGGCGGACGAGAGAUAGUGGACUUUCGGCCGUUCCGAUUUUCGCACCAGAUGGUGUCCUAUUAUGGUUUUGAACCGUACGAAGUGAAUCGCAUUGGAGCGGUGGAUGGAAAAUGGAUGUUCGAUGGGCAAUUUGUUCGACAAGAAGAUUCGAAUCAUUUUCUGCGAUUGCCAAAGGGAGCGUCUAUUUCCGGUAGAUUUAAACCUAAAUUAAAUGGGUUUUCCUAUGUUUUCUCGUGUUGGAUUCGAGCAAAUCAAACCGCUGUUUUUCCGGAUAGUGUGAUUUUAACAGUACUGCGAAGUGAUGGUAAUGUUAUUGAAUCAAUAAACGGAAAGGUCAAACGAAACAUUGGUGAAUGGAAUUACGUAGAAGCACUUUAUCAACACAAAGUGAAUCCGAAUGCGAUUAGUUUUCAGUUAGAAAUUAAAAAUGCCGAUAGACAUUCACUAGACGUCGACCACGUUAGAUUCACACCACUGCAGCUAAAUUUCAGUGCAAAAAUAUUGGAUCAUAGUGGAAAUACUCGGGCUGUUUUGACCAAUUCUGGAACGUUACAACAAACUGUACUGGAUUUGUUUGGGAAUGUUAUCGCAAAAGUUUCCGAAACUGGGAACGUCAGUUUUUUCGCAUCUGUUUCUAAGAAUACGGCACGUCGUAAGAAUAAACACCUACUUUCGCGUAUUGAAAUGCAUCCUACGUUGGCGGAAAUCGAUUUUUUCAUUGUGAAAAACAAGUAUGUGAAGAGUUUCAAAUAUCAACCCGACAUAUUUGGUUUGCGCUUUCUGUUUAGAUUCUCUGAAACAGGAAAUAUUAUUUUGAAGAUAAAAAGCUUCAGACUUGAACUUUAUCAAAACAAAAAUCAUACCGCUUUUAGGGUGGGCGACAACAAAACGCAAACUAUAAGCUCAGAAGGUGAAUGCCUUAUUUUACUGACAGAAUCACAUUCUGCGCUUUGGAUCGAUGGUCAUUUAGCGUUUGAAGAGCAAUGUCAUCCUUCCGAGCAGUCGCGAUCAGCUGUUGAUAUUGAAACAAUUAACAACGCAUCACUAACAGAGCUGAUAUUCAUGUAUGAACCCACAGUGAAAAUAUUUUACUCAAACAAAUUGGGCCUUACCAUUCAGGAAAUCGUUUUAACCAGCCACGAUACAAUCAAUUGCCGACAGAUUGUUUAUGACAAAGUCGAUCGGCCUGUUUUAAAAACGAAGUGGAUCGAAAUGAAACGUAAUGGUCAUAUGCUUUUCGAUUAUAAUCCCAAUCUCAUCACUAACGAGGAUCGAAUUUUGCAAGAUUGGAAGCUAGAGGGUCUUGCCAGUUCGCAUAAUGUUGAUUGUGAGGGUUAUCCAUACACGUGGGUAUCCUACAGGAACGAUCCACUGGAAGUAAAAUCUGCAGAAGGACUUCCUGGAAAACCGUUUUCAAUUACCGGGCAGUACAGCGUAAAAUUUGGUUCCAAUCCAAACAUUGCAUUUCUUAAAGUUUUAUUUCCUCUGUCGAAGGGUUUCCGUCAUAGCUACGAGAUAAAUUCAGGUGGAUCAAUAAAAGUCACCGUAACAGACAAGCGGGAAAAUAAAGUUGCUGAACUAGUGAAGGUACUGAAUUACGAUCACCGACUGACUACUUUCGAAUAUGACGAACAAAAUCGACUCCUACGUGUUUUACCUCCAGUUUAUCACAGAGAAAUGAAUACCUUUUCAAAAACAACGAUUUUUGAAACGAAAAACUUGACUUCCGUUGAAGAAAAUCUACGAAAAUUAUGGGGAAAACAAUACCGAUACGACGCAAAUGGCCGUUUGAUCGAGAAAAGCACUCCCGAUUGUGGCAAGGAGGAAUACAUGUACACACAGGAUGGUUUAUUAAGAUUCGUGAUUCGUAGCAAUUCUGAAUUAGCUGAGCAUUAUGUUACAUACUAUACCUAUGGAUUCGAUGGAAAUGUAAUAGAAAAAGGUUUGAUUGAUGUUCCAGAAAAUCAGCUGAAUGAAUAUUUGGAAAAUCACACUCCGCUCCCGAAUUCGUCAAACUUCAUAGUUUACGAUUUGGGUGAAAACGAAUUGGUUCCUGCCUAUCGGAAUCGAGUUCAAAAGUCUAGUAAACGAACCGCUGGAGUAACCGUUUCGGAAGCACUCUUAUAUAACGCUCAAAAUCAAUUGACUAACCAAAUUUUCAUUUCGUCGAAUAACUCGCUUUCGAUUGACUACAACUAUCAAAAUGACAAAGUCAGUGAAAUUCAUUAUCCGUUCUUUACUGGUGACGAUCAACUGCUGAAAAUAUCCUAUGAAUACACCGCGAAUGGGAAAAUCAAAACGGUGCGUACUGGGAAACACGUAAUUGCAUCCUUAUCGUAUACUCCUUUUGAUACAGUAAAAGAGGUACACUUCGAACCGAAUAGUCGCUACACCUACAAGCGCACCUUCUCCCACAAUGCUCCGGGUUUCCUAUCGAAAAUUACGGAUAAAUUUUUAUCAGAAACUGUCGACUACAUAGCCAACAGCUACAGUGGACAAUCGUUCGGGGAUGGCACUGUUUCAGCAACCACUUUCAACGUUUCGUGGCACGAUUUCAGCAACUUGGAAUUAGUCAAACUAAAACCAGCUCAUUUGACUUCCGCUGAGACGACACUUGAGCAAGCGGAAUUAUGUUUAAAAUCUUUGCAGAAACUUGGCUACGUAGACGGGAAAUAUCGGCCACUGAAAACAUUUUACCCUUCGGCAGAGUUCCAACUGCCUCUGAUUUGCGGUGGCGGUUCUAGGGCAAACUUCUUCGCUGCCAAACUGGUCGUCGACGGGUUCCCACCAAUCCACGGUCACCGUUAUGAUUACGAAAAUCAUCAGCAACUAAUAAAAGCUAAAUAUUUUCAGAGCAUCAACGAAUCCCAGCAACAUCCUCUAACGGAAGCAACUUUUUCGGCUGCGAUUAAGGGACUAACAGCGGCCAAUUCGCGAGCGAUUUGGAGCGCACUAAAAACAGCCGGUUUUAUCAUAACCGAUUGCAGUAACAGUAAGGUUUGUCACGGUCUGCCGGGCAAAUCCAUCUUUCACUCCAAAAUAACGGAGCAAAUUAACAGGGCAUCUUUGGAGAUGUUGCUUGCGAGUGUAAUCAAAGCUCGUAAAGAGCUUCGGCAGUCGACAUUUUUGGCUACAUGUAAAGUUUGGCAUCAACACGAUCCCGCCAGUCAGGUUCAAAUCUGCGAGGCCGUUUGGGCCGAGCUUUUGGCCAACAAUUUUGUAGGCAGCAGGUCCGACAAAUCCUGCAAUGCAUUAAAUUUGGAAUUCAAACAAACGCUUAAGCCUCACACUCGGUACCUUCCAGAUGUGGUUCAUAUCUUGCUUGAUAAAUUUGCGAGAGUUUUAAGUAAUUCCGAGGCGGAUGUUCAAUCCUAUGCCAUUGAUGCUAAUGGUAAUCACUUACAUUUCUACACCGGAUUCAACCGGUACCGGUUGGAAUACGUUCCAAAUACGAACAAGAUCGAGAAAAUACAUCAUCUUGAUCUCAAAACCGAAGCCUUGCAAGAGAGAGAAUACCUGAUGAAACAUGAUUUUGAAGGAAACGUUGUGAGGGCAACUCACAAAGGCAUCAAAAGCAUAGUUUAUGAUCGGUUGCUCAAACGGGCUAAGGAAAUAGAAUUGACGGAUGGUAGAAAAUUGUCGUUUCAAUACAACGCCCGAGGAGAGCGAAUCUUCAAGCAGGUGAAAAACAAAAAUGGAUCAAUUUUAAGUAAAAAAUACUAUCUACGUGACUUGAAGGGCCGAUGUCUGGUUGAUCACGAAAUAAUCUAUUCCCCUGAUAGUAGAAUAAACUACAUUCGUGACACUGCCUACAUCUUCGUCGAAGAUCUGAUGGUGGGUUUCAUCCGUAAUAAUCAAUUUUAUAGUGUAUUCACCGAUCAUGAAGGUUCCAUUAGGUUAGUCAUCCGUAACGGCGAAGUAGUAGCUGCAUACGAUUAUCUCCCGUACGGGUCUCUGCUUCGAAAGUACCUCAGUGAUCCGGAGGGUGACAUCACAUAUCGUUAUACAGGCCAAGAAUGGGACGAGGAAACAAAGUUGUACAACUUCCAUGCACGACUGUACGAUCCAGAAAUUGGAAGAUUCUUUCAAAUUGACCCUAAAGAACAAUACUCCAGUCCGUACAUUUAUGCUGGAAAUUCUCCGAUCUCUCUAGUCGAUCCAGAUGGGGAGUUUGCCUUUCUAAUCCCUGUAGCGCUGGCUAUAGUUGGAGCGUAUCUGGGUGCUUCUGCCGCAAACAACUCAUUUAAUCCAACUAAGUGGAAACUUGCGCCCACCCUUUAUGGAGCCUUUCUGGGCGCUGUCGUUGGUGCUAUAGCACCAGCGGGAAUCAGUGCGUCUUUUACUUUUCUUACGACCACAGUGGGCCUUUCUGGAGCUCUGGCGGGCGGCGUAAUAGCCACUACAUCCGUGACUUUUGCAUACAUUAGUACGGCGUCCGCCAAUAAAAACUGGAAUCCGAUUGAGUGGGAUUGGGCGAGUCCAGGCACAUGGAAUUCUCUUUUUUCAGGUAGUCUUAGUGGUGCAACACUAAUCAGUGGCAUUGGUAAGGUCCACGCGGUUACUGUGACUCUUAGUGGAACAGCAAAAAUAGCUUUCAUUUCAGCCACAGUAGUGAGCACCGUCGGUGUUGCACUCUACUCUGGGGCCGAGGCAAAUAAUGGCACUUUCAAAUUUUGGGAGUGGAAGUGGAGUAGUCCCGAGACGAUCUGGACAGUUAUUGCGGGUGCCAGUUUCGGAAUGUCCAUGGCCGCUGAUUUACGCAAUCUACAAACAGAUAUACGCAACAAAAUUACUGAAGCGAAAAAAUUAGUCCAGGUCCUUGAAUCCGGAAACAAACAAGCAAUUCUAUCUGAAGUAAAAACAUUUGCUCUCGGUUCGGUUGAACUAGCCAACCGCAUUAACGCUAAACUAAAAUUCCUGGCGAAGCGAGUGCGUACAUACAAAGGCUUCGCAUUAGUUGCAGCGGCUUCUCCGAAAGGAACUGAUUGGAUAGACGGUGUCGAAGAGGUGUUGUUUGAAAUAUCAAAAUUUGAAUCCGCGCUACAAACGCUGGGCAAACAAUUUCUACAACCCAAAGAACCUGUUGACAGCGGUGAAAGGCUUCGUAGAAAACGUAACAUUGAAUGCUGUCAGUUACAAACUGUCGAUCAUUGGUUUAUGUCCGAUAACGCAAAUAGUUUAAAGUCAGGAGUUUCUUCUUAUUUUUCACUGAAAAAUUUGUUCCGAAAAGUUGCAAAUAUCUUAAAAUAUUUUUCCAAACCCAAAAGCACAGAAAACACUUCAUCUGAGUUAGUUUCUCAGGGAAAGAAGCAAAAUAAAGAUCGCAACUACAUCUUGAACAAUUGCUACAAGCUGCAAUCACCCAAUGAAACAUACUCUAUCCAUUGUUUCGGCUGGAAUGCACGAUAUGAAAUCUAUCCUAAUUUAUCGGCAAACAAGCUUCUUGUUGAUGAGGAUUCCUUCAGUCGUUGUAUGCCCAUUAAUUACAAUGACAAGCCUUCGGUUGUAUGUGAUGGUGUAAAAAGCUCUUUACUUUUCAUUCCGAAUGACAGGGGAAACGUACUGGAUUCUAUCAACGGAUUGCUUUUGUUAGUACAGAUUGCUCCUGCAGCCGUGUCCCGUAUCAAACGCAGCUUCCACUCAAUGCUUGGUAUGUUUUCAAAUAAAACAAAUAAAGUACAACAAGGCGAACCGAACAGAAAUCAAAUUAGUAUAUUAAAGCAAAAAUUGGACCAUUUUAGUGUAAAGUUUGACGCGUUCAAAUCCGAUUCAAGAUACUACUUUAUGUACAACAUUUGGUACGAUCUAAACGAAGAUGUAGAAAAGUAUUCAAAAAAUAUAAAUCAGGGUGAUUUUAAUGAGUUGCUUUCUCGAACAGAAGCAUUGUUGGAAGAAUUGAGAGAAACUAUAAUAGUUUCCAGUUUAAGUAAUAAUCAGAUCGCUCUUGACUUCUUAGCAAAUAAGCACAUUGAAAGGGCUUACUCAGCUAAAAUGUUUAGCAAUGCUACUGCAGCCUUAAAUGUUGAAUGUAAUCUACAGAAUUUAUUAAUUAAACUUGAAAUGUAAACUAAGCUUUGGUCCAACUUGUUGUAUGGUAAUAAUAAAAAAUAUCUGCCUGGUUUUUUUAUUUAUUAAUAUAAUCUCUGCUAUCAAGCAUUAAUUACAGUUAUCGUACAGCUUAACUAACCUCAUCAAGAAAAAAAUCUCUGCGCAAAUUUCUUGUAGAUCAGUUGACGUCGGUUGUCAGAGUUGAGGAGCUCAAUCAUACUUUAAGUUUUCUACCAUUUUUUAAUUCAAUAUAUG